CGCAACAUCGGUAUGGGGCGGACUCAUGGUUUAGCCCUCAUCCUUCGGCAAUCAUCCCGACAGUUUGCUACUUGCACCAGGUUUUACAUAGAAGGAUUGGUUGUUAGAAAGCAAACACCUACAUGCCGCUUUCCAAGUUGCACGUGGGAUUUGCUCACUUGUGGCAAGCAAACGAUCAACUGGUGUUACUGAGGUAACCGCGUCCCAAUGCGGUUAGUCAAUUGGUAGGCAGGCAAGUCCAGAGCUUCUUGACUUUCCCCACCAGCAACAACAACAUCGCCGCUACUCACCUUUACUUGCCCAUUCGAAUCCGUGCGCUUUUCUUCGGAAACCUUCAGCGUAUUACCAAAUCACGGCUAUACACAUCCAAUCCUCCAUUCACCAUGUCCGCUCAACCUGAAGACCACCAGAUGGAGGGCGUCGAAGCUGGUGUUACCGACAAGGGCAAGGGCAAGGCCCCAGCUGAGAACGUGGAGGAGUCCGCCGAGGAUGACUCCAGCGAUGAGUCUGGUCCCGAGGAUCAGGGCGCCGAGGACAUCGAAGAGGACACCAUGGCCGAGAUCGACACCGACAACAUCGUUGGCAGGCGCACGCGCGGCAAGAACAUCGACUUCGCCAAGGCUGCUCAGGAACUCGGCGAGGACGAGGACGAGGACGACGAUGAGGACUUCAAGGAGGCAGAAGACGAUGAGAUGAAGGACUAG